CACCAUUGUUUGUAUUCCUGUGUUGUCCCCUUCGCGGCCUUGCUCUGCCGCUGCAAUGGCGGUCUUCGGCUUCUCUACGUUAGGCUCUGUACCUUUCCUCUCUCACCUCUUUGAAUCUCACCCUUCGACUCCCUCCUUCCCCAUCAGACUCUUCUCCUUCUCGUCGUCCGCCUCCUCCUCCUCCUCCUCUUCUUCUUCACACAGAAAUCACUCCCUCUGCGUCGCCAAGUCCUUCUCUGGUUCAUCUACCGCCGAGACCGAUCGGGAUUUUGACCAAUCCUCCGUUUCCGGCUCCGAUUUGGUUCUCCGGGAGCCCUCCGACGAUGUCAGACAGGAUUCGAGGUCUGCCGACUGGGAAACAGCGAGGGGUCACUGCAAGAGUGGGGACGUCUUCGAAGGUCGAGUCGAAAGCUUUAAUGGCGGAGGCUUACUCGUUCGGUUCUAUUCUCUUCUGGGUUUUGUUCCUUAUCCACAAUUGAGCCCUUCUCGUUCUUGUAAAGAGCCUCACAAAAGCAUCCAAGAGAUUGCCAAAAGCUUGGUAGGUUCAGUGCUUCCUGUGAAGGUAGUCCAAGCUGAUGAGGACAGUGGGAAGUUGAUAUUAUCCGAGAAACUUGCAUUGUUUCCAAAGUAUUCGCAAAGGGUUAGUGUCGGGGAUGUAUUUACAGGAAGGGUAGGUUCUGUUGAGGAUUAUGGUGCCUUUGUCCACCUGCUCUUCGAUGAUGGUCUCUAUCAUCUAACAGGGUUAGUUCAUAUCUCUCAAGUGUCGUGGGAUUACGUUCAAGAUGUCAGGGAUGUAUUGCACGAGGGGGAGGAAGUUCGGGUCAAAGUCACUAACAUAGACCAGGAAAAAUCUAGGAUUACUCUUUCGAUCAAACAACUAGAAGAAGAUCCUCUUUUGGAAACAUUGGACAAAGUGGUUUUGCAGGAUGGUUCCACUGGAUCUGCUUCUCUAAGCCCAAACAACGGUGAUAAAAUCGAACCUCUCCCAGGUCUUGAAUCAAUACUCGACGAAUUAUUGCAGGAAGACGGAAUAGAAGCCGUGAAGAUUAACCGGCAAGGGUUCGAGAAACGUGUGGUUUCACAGGACUUACAGCUUUGGCUCUCAAACACGCCGCCUGAUGAUGGAAAGUUCGUCCUUCUCGCCCGUGCAGGAAGACAGGUGCAAGAGAUACAAUUGGAGACAUGUAUGGAUCAGAAAGGGAUAAAGAAAGCACUGCAGAGAGUAUUAGAACGCGUUCCUUGAAGUUUUUAAAGAACACGCUUCUCGUUGAACCGUCGUCUCAGCCCAUUCGAGUAAGCCUCUGUUCGAGAGAGAAGCUUUUGGGUCAGUGCGUGUGCUGCUUUCUUUAACAACGCCACAGCUCCUGCAAAUGGACCACCACCUCUUGAGAAGGUUAAAAAAGAACAUACAUUUGAUUUUGUCUUUACGUUGUUGUAAUUUUGCAAAUAAUCAUAUGCCAUUAUGAACACAAUUAGCACAAACAUAAAAUUUAUAUGUUACUUAUUUGUCA